CCGAGAAAAUACAAAAGAAAAUUACUUAACAUUCUGCUAUAUACACUCAAAUUAUAUGUAGGGAGGAAAAGGAAGUGAACGUCCCUGCCGUAGAAAAUCGGCCGUUCUUCUCCAAAUCUUGGCUAAUGCUUUUAUAAAAUGACUACGUUUGAAAUAUAUUGAACACAAGGGUUUAUAAUAAACUCGAAAUGACUCUAAAGUUGUUUGCAGUUACAUUCUUUCAUUGGAGCAGUACGAAGUUUUACGUCCUCAUAUAAAAUUUGAGUCUAGCAGUAAGUAGAAAUUAAAAAAGCACAUUAAAAUUGUAUUAUUUAGCAAAAUCAUUUUACAAAAAUAAUACAAAACAAAGGCUGUGUAUUGCCACAAGAAGACACGAGUGACAGGUUCCAAACAUUCCUACUUGUGCUCCAACUGAUUUAAAAUGGUUUUAAAUUGUAAUUAAUAAUUUAUCUUUACAUUUACUUUCAAUUUUAAAUUUCGAGUUAAUACUUCCGUGAGAUGGAAUCUUUAUCAGAAAUAUAAAACGAAAGGAAAUUGGUGAUUAGGUCAAUUAAAAUUGGAAGCAGAAUCGGAAAGAGUUGAAGUUCAACACGAAAACAAGUUGCACUAUGGAGAAUAUUAAAAAAAAGACUAUCGAAUACAAAUAAAAAUACUCUACCUUCUGAACCUGCUGCUCUUCUUGAUUGUCCUCGUGUUCCUCAUCAUUUAUUCACCUCAAAAUAGUAAUAUUCGAAUGGCUCCACCCGAUAUAAAAGAGCGUUAUAUCAAAAGCAAAGAAGCGGAUGCGAACAUCAAUUAUGACAUUUCUCGUCAUCAACAUAAAAUAAGAGACAUUUCUUCUAAAACUGAAUGCGGAGAGAAAGACGAAGAUGCAGUAAUGCUGAACAGAAAAUGCAGUAUAAAAAAAUCUGAACUCUGCGAGUAUUGUGUUACUUUGGAAGCCAUUUGUAAAAUAAACAUAACAGAAACAGAAGGAGAACAGGAGGGAAAAAGGAUGAUUCUGAAGAAAAGAAAAAACAAGAAAGUAGACAUUGCAUUCUGGACAACGUUACAGAUCACCAGAUCAUUCCAUUCCCAAUAUAUGGGAAUGGAAUGAGCUGGGGAUGGAAUGGGAGCCUAAGACUAGAUAUCGCACAAUUUGAAGAGGAUUCUGAAGGAAAUCUGAACAUUUGGCUGAAGGAAAAUAGAUAUUCUUCUUUAAAAGAAUACAGAUUAAAUGAAAACGGAAGUUAUAAAAUUCUGAGGGAAAUUCGUUUGCCUGACAUAUCGACAGAUUGGGGAAUUGUAUACAAUGGAAUUUAUUACGGUCGAUAGGAUUUUGAUCACAGAAUUUUCAAACACAACCUCCAGACUUUGGAACCGAAACUAGGAUAAAUAAUCAGUCCUAUUACACAAAUUGAUUACUUAUUCUUUCGCAUAGACGAGGACAAUAUUUGGGUAUUUGACCUUAUAGGUCAUGGUAUUACCGAAAUUUACGAGGCGCUUCAAAUCGAUCCAGAGAACUUAGAAAUUUUGUCCAAGCAAACUGUUGAUGCUGGAAAUUGCAGGAUGGAAUAUGCAUUCGUUGCUUAUGGCAGGGUUUAUUGCUUGGAAGAUUUGAAAAUAGUACAGAUUUCUUUUUUGUCAAAUAAAACCGAAAAGGAAAUUCCAUACAUUGCUAUAAAUGUUGAUAGAAAAAAAUAUGGUAAUGUUGUUAAUCAGUUCUAUAAUUUCAAAGAGCAACGUCUUUAUGCACUUUACCGAUCCUACGGUCCCAUCAGUUAUACACUUCAUAUAUUCAAAUUACAUUUCAAUUGUUCGUCUGAGGAGUGAAAAGUUGCAUCGACAUAUUGAGGUCUAUUAUUUUGUUUUAUUAUACAUUUUUUUUAAUAUAAAGUCGUUACAAUUAAUUGAUAUAAUGAAUAAUUUUUAUUUUAAAUUUUUGUUCUUAAUAUAUUCCCUGUAUGAAAUUUCAAUAAAUAU